CUGUAAAUUUUCUGUUUAUGUUUGUCAAAAUAUGUCAUGAAAUUUUAGAUUUUCUCAAAAUUUUUUGUUUAAAAUGGUAAAAUAAUGUUAUUUCCUUUACUCACUGUGCAAAAAACAUUCGUGAGUACCCCUUUUGGUUACUUAAGCAGAAGACUGUUACAUAAAACAUAUUAUGAAGUUUUAGGACUAACAAGGAACUGUACAAUUAAGGAUAUAAAGAGUGCAUAUAUUACAUUAUCAAAAAAGUUUCAUCCCGACAACAAUACCAAAGAUGCUUCACAUAAGGAGUUUUUAAAAAUCUCAGAAGCUUACAAUGUUUUAAGUAAGCCAGAUAAACGGCGAUUGUACGAUUGGGAGUUAGAACGACAGGUUUAUCAAAAAUCUUUUAAUUCCCGACCUCGACCUAGACCGCCACCAAGAUCGCCAAGAAGCCCAUUUGAAGAUGAGUUCAUUUGGAGAAGGUAUCAAUCGCAUAAUGACCAUGACAAUUAUUAUGGUGUGCCAGGUGUAAAACGACUUUCGAAUGGAGUAGUGGCUUGGUUUUGUGUGUUCUUCACAGUUAUUUGCGCCACAAUUCAGUUCUACGCUAUAAGACAUUCUUAUUAUUUACGAGAAGAGCUUUUCCAACAACGAACUAAAGAAAAUGAGGAAAUUUUGAGCAGACUUAAUUCUAAGGUGAAUGAAACGGACCGUGAGACCCAAAUUGGUAUUGUUGAAGCUAGAUUGAAAGCAAAUGGUAGUAGAUUUCGGUAGAAAUAAAUUAACUGUAAAUAGUAUAUUGAAAUAAAUCUAUUUUUGUUAUACAGUG